CAAGAUUUAUGUUUAUGUUUUAUAGAGUGGUUUCUGUACAAUUUUACAACUUCGUUCUAUUUUUUCUUAUAUACCGAAUUAUUUUUCUACGAAAAUUUGAGGAAGUCUUAAGAUAUAUAAAUUCAGCAACGUUCUAGUAUCGUGUUAUUCCUGUAAUGAGAAAAAAUACAUUUAUUUUGUAAAUCAUGACGGACAGUGCGAGGGAUAGUGGUGAGCGACGACCAACAGAGGCGGAGAAGCAAUCGUUUCCUGCAAGGGUGAAUAGAAAUAUCGAUUCCAAUCACAGAAAACACAACAGGUGCUUAGAGUGGGCAGAAAAUUCCUGUAGAAAAGGUUUGGAGUAUUUAAAUAGAGUAUAUCCCGGCGUACUUAUGUACGAAUUAAUUUCAACUGCGAUCAUCCCCCCCGGGAAUUUGACUUUUCAAAAAAAAUACGGUCAAAUUAACGACGGUGCGGGCGAAACCCAUUGUCAAAUUACCAACGGUGCGGGCAAAAACAUAGUCAAAUGCCCAUAUCUGCCUCGUACGUUUCCCAUAUAAUUUUACAUGAAGAGAACCAGCUAGACUUAUUUAAUUUUAUGAUUGGCUCAAAACUUUUAGUUUUGCAAUUUAUAUAGUUUUGAAAUGCCGUUUCUCUUUUAUGCUCGCUAUUGUAAGUUAAUUUCUUUUUAUCUAUAAAAUAUCAUAAAGACACAUAACUUUUGAGACAAAUUCUGCAAAAGAACAAGCGAUUACAGCCUUUUUGACGUCCCUGGUCGAGUUUCAAACUUUAUAUAACGGCAUUUUAUAUAAAAACUAUUCACGCCGUGUCGUAUGUUUUUAUACACGCGAAAAAAAAUCACGUUCAUCUACACCAAGCACUUAAUUAGCACGACCGCUGGCCAAUUUUGCGCCAGUGAUCAGUCAAAUGAAAGUGGUCAAAUGCCUGACGGUGCGGGAAUGUUUUCGCGUCAAAUUCUCGCCUAUGCAGGAUUAACCCUGGUCAAAUCCUGGGGGUUCGCCCGGGGGGGGGGGGGGGAUGAUCGCAGUUGGAAUUGACUCAUGCAUUAAUCAAUGAAAUCGAUAAUCGAUGAGUAUCGAUAUCAAUCAAUACCAAUCGAUAUUUAUCAAUCGAUUGAUAUUGGAAAUUGAUGAAUAAUCGAUGGCUUAAUUCUUUUGCUGUGACUUUCAUCGAUUGAUCAUCGAUUUAUUAUUAAUUUUCAUUGAUGAAAAAAUCCUCCGUUAAUAUGCAUGCAAUUAAUUAAUACUUUAAUUAAUGCCUUUAAUGUCCUAACAAACUCAAAUGUGAACGGAAUUCGGUAACAAUGGAUUAAAUUAGGUUUUCAUCUAGCUAUAAUACAGAUCAAAUACAUGUGUACAUUCGAAAAAUGAGAACAGAUUUACUAUUUAGCUCGAACACGCCGACUGCACGCGGCGAUUAGGGUAUAAAUCGAUAAAAUUCGAAAUCAUUUUGUCGAUAAAAAUCAAUAAAUAUCAAUGAAAAUCGAUGUAUAUCGAUAAUAAUCGAUAAAAUUGGCUAGCGUAUAACUUUUUGUGACUAUCGAUUGGUCAUCGAUUGACCAAUGUCAAUCGAUAUCAAUUAAGUAAUUAACAUUGAUAAUACCAUUGAUUGAUCGAUUGGAUUUCCGAUGAUCGGUUUUUAUCGAUUAAGUACGCCGGGAGUAUAUUGAUCAUGUGUGUAUGACUGUUGUGUAUGUAUCUGAUUGGAUGACGACCUGAUGACAACUCACUUUAAACUUGCUGAGCACGCGCAGUUGAUCAUUUUUCACCUGGUCGCCUGAAAGAAGUUGGGUACAUGAUAACAUAAUCUUCCGCAGUGUUUACGACGGUCAGUUAUAUCUCUGUAUGUCUCUACACUGUGACAGAAUAGAGACAUACAAACUCGUUUAGAAGAUAGGGACCAGUCAUAAAGUAAUUACUUCUAUCUAGAGGGUGGGUGGAGGAUAAAUGAAAUUUCAAGUACGUAUUUCCAUACCCUCCCAAAAACCUGGGGAAAAAUUUUUGUAACCCCCUUCAAUGUAAGUGAAAAUUUUCAUACCCCCCCCUUUUAUCAUUAAUUCUGUUUUAACAUUUGUCUUGCGUUUGUCUAUAUUUCGAAACUCUCCAGUUUGCGAUAACUCUCCCACUUCUUGUAGUGGUAACCAUAUCCUCAACAUUUUCCGCAGUCUCCGAUUCGUCACCAGUCUUUUCAGAUUCUGACAUGCUAUGGGCUGAGCUGAUGAUGGGCUGAGAUUCCAUUCAAUGUGACACUUCCUCAUCAGGUUCAUCAAUUUCUAAUGCCGGUGUGAGCUUGCUAGCAUUGACAAUUCAGGUGUAUCAGAUUUGUACUCCCAGUGAUGCCCAGUUUGAAAGGCCUGAAACUAGGAGAUUACCAGAGGUUGUUCCCCGGGGAUAAGUCCCCGUCCCCGGGGAUAAGUCCCCGGAGAUAAGUCCCCAGGGAAAAGUCCCCGGGAUUAGCCCUCAGAUAUAUAUCCCUGGGGAUAAGUCUCCAGAGAUAAGCCCUCCGGGGAUGAGUAGUACUGUUGCAUAAGUGUGGUACUGCAAAGCCAAUAGAUAUUGUAUUGUCCAAAUUUAAUCAAAUAAUUUAUCAGGGGUUUUUUCAGGAUUUUCUCUUGGGUCCGUUUUUGCAGAGGAGAUUGAGUUUAGCUGAACAGUUGGGGUGGCUGGAACCCCCCCCCCCUCAAUAAAUGUAGUUGAGAUGCAAUGCGUUAAAGCAGGGGGCACUGAGGGACACUAUAAACUGGUUAAAGAUGGCGAAUGCGUAGUUUUUCGUCUGUUGUGAGAUGAAUUCCAGCCAUUUUUUCUUAAUUGUCGGGUUUCCAACUGAAACUAAUUUCCACACGUCGCGAAUUUAACUCCAACAAGGCAACAACUUCAUUUUUACUGCACUGAAACUUUGGUAAGAAGAUUGAGUUUCAAAACUCAAUUCAAGAUUGAAUUUUUGGGGUCGUUUUACGGCCCUAAAAAAUCCUUGAAAAAAAACUUGUUUAUCCCUACUAUAUUAACUUCCGGAGUUAAUGUUAGAACUACGUGAUUUGCGGAAUGGCGUUUUACUUCUGUACAAUUAAUACAUUUAGACGACUUUAGAACAAGUUGUUUAUAUCUUUUACAUUUUUUUGGAUUCUCUGAAUUUAUGACGGAGAGCACGAUCGGUCCGACAUGAAUACCGGGAGAUUUUGUUCGUUCACCAGGAGACCGGGAGGUACGGUUCCAAACCGGGAGACUCCCGGUGAAACCGGGAGACUCCCGGUGAAACCGGGAGACUUGGCAUCACUGUACUCCAAAAGUUCAACGGAUACUGAAUCCUACUUAUCAUCUGACAUUGAGUCAGACUAAAACAUAUACCUUGUGUUGAUUUAAUAAUUAUAGUAAAGCAAUUCUUUCCAAACUUAAAUCUUGGCACAAAACAUUCAAUAUUCAACAAUACUGGUUAUAAAAUGUACUUUUUCCUACCUAUAGUACUAAGAUUUUGCACUCUAGAGGUCUCUGUUGUUUUUCGUACCCCUCAGAGGUUCUCUUUUUUUUCGUACCCCCAAAAAAUAUCCUCCACACCCCCUAGUAAAUACUUUAUGACCGGUCCCAUAUGACAAUCACAAAGUACCACCUUUACCCCAAUAUGGCGCCAUCUUGACGCUCAUUACGAGUAACAGAAAAAUCACAACAGCCCGAUAUUUAUUGACGUUUUUAGCGCGGAUUUUGCUUUAGUAAACCUAUCUUGUAAUUAUUUUUGAAAAAAUAUUGUGUUUUGAGCAAAAUGAAACUACUAACGUGUACAAUUCUGAUCCACAAAUGUCUUUUCCACAUUUCUUUACAUAUCUUUCUCUGAGAACAUGCAUUGAUAAAGAUUUUUUUCAAGAUCCAGAAAUGAUUUUUCUUUUAAUUUCGGAUAUGAAAUGUAAAAUGCAUUAAAGAAAUAAAUUAUCAGUUAAAAAACGGGGGUCACCGAUCCCUUAGGGAAUUGUAGCAUUAAAACGCGAAAUACAAGUAAAUAAAUAUACUACAGACACAGGGAACCCUAGCUACACUUUUGUAUGCUUUUUUGAAAACAUUGAUUUUAACGUAAUUCUUUGCACGAAUGUAAUCAAAGAUGUUUUGAAGUAACAUAAAAUUGUCAUAAAAUGACUUUUUAAACGGUACGUAUAAUGGAUGAAAUAAUAAGUUAUAAGACAUGCGCAGUAAAAGUGCGCAAUGCAAAACUGCGGAAUUACUUUAAUACAAACUAGACAACACAGUUGAUAAUUAACCUAUCAGUGGAAAAGAGCACUUUAUUCAAGAAAAAGGGCACAAAGAAUAUAUUGAUUUUUAAAUUUUGGAAAAAGUUGGAUGGGGGCUGUGUUUGACCUUUGUGGGAACCUAUUAUUUAUAUUGCAUAUUGUACAAUCAUAUGUCAUUUUACAGUUCCAAAGUUUGCUUCUACUAUGCUGUCAUGAAUGUGUAAUGCAUUAGUUUAAUAUUCAGUAUAAUUCUUCUAUGACAAUAGCCAUAUACUAAGAGAUAGUGUUAGACUAGGAUGGUCGACAGUUGAGUGUUUUCUCAUUAUAUUAGUUGUAAAUAUUUCUUGAAUAUAGCUCCGUAUGUCAAGUUUAUGUUGGAUGCCAUGAAGAAAUUAGGGUGGUAUGUAUGCUGUUGUAUUUUAUAUAUUAUUUUUAAAUGAAAGUGACCAGAAAGGAACGGCAAAAUAUUUAAAAAAUAUUCCUACUAGUUUUAGUUAGUUUAGUUAGAAGGUAAAAUCUCAGAUCUCAGAGAUAGGUACUGGUCGUAUAUAGCACCAUGAGUUCCACAUGAUCAAAACAUAAACUGUUGUCCACUUAAUGUUGUAUAGAUAAGUAUAAUGUUGUAUUACAUAAGUAUAAUGUUGUAUACAUAACACAAGUAUAAUGUAUAUGGUAUUAAUCAUAGGUCUCCCGUAAAGCUUUGUCUUUUAUUUUUUAAAAAUCUGUAAAAAUUGCUUUAAAAUGCAAUGCUUAUAUUCUCUUAUUAAUCUACACUUAAAACUUUUAUAAUUCGUAUUGCAUAAAUUACAUCUUACACAGUUCGCAAGAUAAUACCGAUCUAUAACACUGUGUACAAAAAGUAAAUGACGAAAAUCUCGUACAUAAACAUCGAAAUUUAUUUAAAAGACUAACUCAUUGUCAUCAGACAUAACUUUAACACUCCUACAUUGUAUUUUUUGUUCUAUCCAUAGACGGAUGUUGUGGGGGCAGGAGGUGCCACCCAAUAUUAGCUAUAACCCCCCAAACAAAAUGUCCACCCCUCCAAAAAAAUUUUCAACCCCCCCCCAAUAUUUGGCAUAAUAAAAAAUAAUUAAAUAGUCCACUCCAACGUGCAGAGUGUUGAUGAUACAAAAUAAACGUAGGAGUACACUCAAAUAGAAAAAGACAGUGCAAUACUCUGAAACUAAUCGCUCCUCGCUUGCAUUCACUGGUUUAUUGGAGCAAUUGUAAAGUUUUGAAACUCUAUUAUCUCCCCUGAAUAGAGUUUGCAGUGCCUUGUCAUGCAAAUAGCUUGCUUGCAAGGAACGUUUGGAAUUUUUACGAACAUUAUUUUUAGUUUUUAAUUCUUUUAGGAAAUAGACUUGCCUAGAUUUAAUCUUUACGCCCCAAAUAUUAUUUACAUUGGAGUUGCAUCAUAAAUUGUACUCGGAUUCAAACGACACAAUGUCAAUGACUUUAUAAAAGUAAAAGCAUAUUGUGUAUUGGCCUAUUGGGUUUACACUUUUACAGGUUCAUUUAACUUUAACUCUCUCAAGUCUCAACAGACAAUCGGACAUGCCAAAUCCAUUGAUAUGACAACUUCAAAAAACUUUUUUUCGAAGCUAGAAAUCAUGAUUUUUUCCAAAUUUUUCCUGGGAUACUUUGUUUUUUCUUAAACUCCCCCUCGCGGCUCUAGUGCUCCACCCCUAGCAUAUGGACCUUACUGGGGUUUAGUGCAUGACACUUUGUGUUGCUUCAGUCACCUGCUCACGGCUCACCCCCCUAAAAUUUCUGGCACCACCCCAGUAAAAAAUAUGAAAAUCCGCCUAUGGGUCUAUCACCGCAUUAAAACGAGUGAAUUUUCUGAUCGUGUUAAUUUCAAAUAAGCCGUGAGCAGCCAUAAUUUUAUAUUUUAUUCAGGACUGGAUAAUCUCAGUAUUUGGGUUUUCACUUUUGAAGAACAUUAUUAAAAAAAUGCACGAGUGCAGAUUUUGAAUGAGUUUCUUUGGUUUAACUCGGAAACAAUAAAUUGUGCAUGAAUUUUAAAGCAAAUCGUACUUGCGUAAAUUCGAAAUGAAUGCAUUUGUACAAGUGCAUCAAGUUAAUGCAAAUAAAACCUGAAGGAUUUUACUUAAAUGUGUCAAUUUUACGCAGAACGAGUCGUAACAUUACGAAAUGGAAGAAUUUAAUUUGAUGUAUCAUUUACUUAUAGUAUCCCAGCUGCAAUAAAAUCAUAGAAACAACACUUUAUUUUGUAUUCUAGGAUAUAAUGUUUCAUGUUUCGCUCGCUACUCUGGUUUAAAUAAAUGAUUACAAAGCCCAGUCGAAUUGUAAUCAAGACCCAACGUUUCUACACAGAAUGACUACACUCCAGUCUAGUGUCUUCAUCAGGGGUGAUCUAAAAUUGCAAGUUCGUGGCUUCUUAAAUACUCAAGGGAUGACGUCACCUGCCAAUGAGAUGCAUAUAUUCCUCUGGCAAAUAGGCACCGUCAUCCCUAUUGAAAGCAUGAUAACUUUGCUUCAAAGAGCUGAAUCGUUGCCGUCAAACAGUGAUUCUCAAGCUAAUGAACGUGAAUAUGUUCUAAAUAUUUUAGGGGAAAACGAUUACCCAAAACGUUUUCUUAAUGAUUGCUUGAAAUCACCUGUUUGUAGGAAUCAAAAUAACUCCGAGGGUUAUACCUCUGUUAAGGAUUAUGCAAUAGUUCCAUACAUUGAAGGUGUCACAGAACCAAUCAAGAGAAUCUUAAGUAAUUGUAAUAUUAACGUUGCCUUAAAACCCUAUUUGACUUUAGGCCAUAUUUUCGCAAAGCCAAAAGAUCCUGUUGAAACAAAUCAGAAGCCUCAUGCUAUAUAUUCUAUACCAUGCGGUGACUGCGACAAAGAGUAUUUGGGUCAGUCUAAACGCCAGUUUGGUACACGGCUAAAAGAACAUCAAAAGGCUGUUUCAACUUUAGACAAGGGAAAAUCAGCUUUAGCCGAACAUGUAUGUUACACCAAACACGAGAUUGCGCGCGAAAACUCUAAAGUAAUUACCACAAACAAUCGUUAUGGUCAAAGACUUUGCCUAGAAGCGUGGCAUAUAAAUAUGAGUCAUCAUGCUUUGAAUAGGGAUGACGGUGCCUAUUUGCCAGAGGAAUAUAUGCAUCUUCUUGGCAGGUGACGUCAUCCCUUGGGUAUUUAAGAAGCCACGAUCGCAGUUUUAGAUCACCCCUGAUGAAGACACUAGACUGGAGUGUCGAAACGUUGGGUCUUGAUUACAAUUCGACUUUGCUUUGUAAUCAUUUAUUUAAACCAGAGUAGCGAGCGAAACAUGAUUGAUAUACCUGGUUGCAGUGAACGAACAAACUUUAGAUAUAAUGUUUGUUUUUAAGAAAUGGUUAAGACUUUAGGUUUAGUCAAGUAAUUUUCCGUGACUUAGUCUUAGAGGAAUGGUAAUUCUCCUGGGGCCGGUUGUACGAAAGCCAGUGUCCCAGGAAAUCCCCCACCCCCCAAAAAAAAAAAAAAUUGGGGGCCAAAUUUCGUAGGACAUCUGGCCCUCCUGGCGGCCAUAUUUCCUAGGAAAUUUGGCCCCAAGUUUUUUUUUAUCUUAAAAGUGUUUGUCAGUAUUUAUAGUUAGUUUGCAUAAUUUAUUUGUGUCGGAAUUCUUCAUUGCGGGCAAGAGCUAAAAGUUUGAAGGAAAGCGUAAUAAUAAUAAUGUGCUAGUGCAGUCAUGCUAGACACAUCACACCAUAGCACAUAUAGCUUAGCUUUAAGCUAAGGACACGAAACGAUUUUUUAGAGAUAGGAAUUCUAAGAUAUUACCGGUACAAGUUAUUUAGAUCUAUAAAUUCAGUCACAUAAUAGACUAACAGAAUAACAACCGCACUUUAGCAAACGAUGACAACAUGCGUUGGCGAAUAUGUUAAUAUGCACGCAUGAUCACGCAUCUAAUAAAUAACAGGGUGUAAUUAGUAUUUAGGUAAAAGUAGACUUUUAAGUGGAAACGUUUGUUCGAAAAACAAAAUCAAUGAGUGGUUAUUUCGUAAAACUUUUCCUAUUCAUUUUACUUACAUAUACACAGUAUAUAUAAUCCCUCAUAUGGUUGGGAUGCAUUACAGAAGCAUUCCGUAAAAACGAAAGUCAGUAGACUGCAUGCUUCAUGGUUCACAAAUACAUUCCGCACACACAAAAGCACAAAGGUUUCAAACCUUUGAAUCAUGAAUCAAACUUACAAAACAUUCCGCAAACACAAAAGCACAAAGGUUUGAAUGCGUUUCAAGUAUUAGCAAAAAUUCUUAUCAUUUUAAAUAUUAUAAAAAUCGUUUCGUUUCCAUAGCUUAAUGAUACAGCCAUUAUUUAUUAACAUUGUCAGCUACAAAGCUGGUCAAAACCAAACGAGAAAAGUACGCUAAACUUUAGCUCUUGGCCUAAUUCUCGUCAGUAUUGCAAUUCAAUGGAGAAUUACGCAAACUAACUAUAAAUGUUGAGAAAAAGUUCUAGAAAUUUGGUUUUAGUAGAAGCUUCACGAUUUCCGAGCCUAAAGAUAAAGUAAACUGUAAUUUUUAGGGGGGGGGGGGGAAAUUUCCGAAGGGGGGCCAAAUUUCCUAGGAAAUUUGGCCCGGGGGGGGGGCAAAUUGCCUGUGGCACCGGAUAACGCUAUCAACCGGAUAGUGUUAAGUUUCUUUAACCUUUCUAAAAUUGUUCGUUGAGUGGUAUAACCAGGAUUAAAUUUUAGUAUUUAUAAUCAGUUAAGUUUUGUUUGAUAAAUUGUGAAGUCCAUAUCCGUAGUUUUAUAUAAACGUUUCAGCUUGCCGGUGUGGACACACUCAGAGACAACAUCACAAACAUAAAUUUAACCACGAUUGCAAAAAUCACUAUCCAGUGGAUAGCGCUAUCCGGCAUUCGUACAGCCGACCCCAGGUUUAAUCUUUUCAACGUACCAACGUGCAAAUGGAAAUUGCCGUAUCAAUACGCGUGUACCACAUUGACAUAAUUUGACAGUUACUCUUUCCGAGUUAAAAAACAAAUCAGUAAAUUAAGCCCUUUGAAUCAUGGGAGUAGCCUACACGAUCUUAAGACUUAAUAGUGGCGUGUAAAAUAUUUAUUUAAUCUUUGUCAAUGUUAAAACUGCUAGAGAAGCCAUAAUGAUAACAACUUGGGCGGUGUGAAAACAGUUUAGGCUUAAAGAAUAAUUUCCUUCCCUGAUAUUUAUGGUAUGGUCUAUGGAACAAUGCACUAACCUGGAAUCAUUUCUGUGAGCCCAUUAAAUUCGCUGCUUUAGGUAUACUAUUGGCGUAUUUAUUUCAAAGGAGAUGAAAUUUUAAAUAUUGUUUUAAAUGUAGAUCAUAUUAAAUAUAUAAAAUGGCAAAACAAUCCUGCUAGGCUGCAAAUUGCAGUCCAAAGUGGACAUUUUGUUUAAGAUUUCCUGACAACGGAGCUGCUUGUUAUUAUUAUUAUUAUUAUUAUUAUUAUUAUUAUUAUUAUUAUUAUUAUUAUUAUUAUUAUAUUCUAUAUUUUAACAGGUUAACUUGUUCAGCUGUUGAGUUCAAUGGCUGGUAUCCUACAAGGACCUGUGUUUACAAAUAAUAUACUAACAUAAAAACUCUAUUAGAAAAAUGUCUCUAUAUAAGAAGUCAAAUUAAGUCAAUAAUCAUAGUUCAAGGCUGCUAAGAAUGUUUUACAUGCAUAUAAAAAUUAUUUGUACAAAUGCUUUAAAUUUCGUUUAAAAAUAACAACAGAUUUUUCGGUCUUUAGUUCUUUCGGAAGUUUGUUAAACAACAAACUUCCUUGAAAUUUGAAGGUCUUCCUUCCUACUUCAGUUUUUACUCUCGGAAUAACGAGAGAGCAGCCAUCUCCUCUUGUGUUCUUUCCAUGUUCGAGAACUUUGAAAUAGGUAUGGUAUUGUGGCGGAGAUACACAUCGUAUAGAUGUAUGCACAUCUAUCAGGAUCUGCUCGUCAAUGACAUCGGCAAUUUGUUUCCAUUGUGUUGUCACUCCCUUGGGGCACACGAUACGCUUUCCUCGGUCCUGGAUUGCCUGAAGUUUGUCUAUCUGGUAGUUUGGAAGUCCCAGGUGAACAAUAUGUUACUAUAGGCUGAAUCAUGCUGUGGUACACUUUUCCAGCUAUAGCAGACGUUAGAUUUGGUAUAAUGCGUUUCAGUAACUUUAGCCUCGAGGAUGCCUUUUUAUAGGUUGUGGCCAGAUGGUCAUGUAGGUUUAGAUGUUGGUCUAAUAUCACUCCCAAGUACGUGUAUUUUGUUGCUUCAUUCACCUUCUCUCCGUUUAUACGUACGUUGAUCUUCUGGAGUUCCUUACUCAGCUUCUUCGCUGUUCCAUACAAGACGAAAUCUGUUUUUCCUUUCUUUAGGUUGAGCGUCAGAUGCAUGGUUAUCUCUCAUCCAUAUUGCAAUUCGAUUUACUUCCUCAUUUGAAGUACUUUCAAUGAUCGAAGCAUUCUUGUCGCUGAAAUAGAUAACAGUGUCGUCUGCAUAGAGAAUAAUUUUACACUGUGAUAGAUCAGUACCAACAUCGUUAAUUAGUAGCGCAAACAGAAGAGGACCAAGGAUGGAACCUUGGGGUACUCUCUGAGUGAUGUAAUUUUCCUCUGAUAACGUCCCUUCGAAGUUUACAACCUAAUUGUAAACUUCGAAGGGACGUUGCGUUAACUGAUGUAAUUUUCCUCUGAUAACGUCCCUUCGAAGUUUUCCAGUACUGUUAAUAUCUCGUUAUUUUUUAACAGCAAUGUUGAUCUUGGUAAGCACAUAGUUUGCGAACCUUGUGGGGAAAAUGUUCUUGGAGGUUUCGACUUUCACCGGAAACAGGUAAAUUUCAUCAUCACUCAUUAAUAGUUUUAAGUAUGAAUUGAUAAUUCCACAACUGCAAUUUAUACACUGUAUCGUAGCCUCAUAGCUUAUCGAAGGGAAGAUGGCUGUGACACUUAUUGGAAUUAUAACAAUAUAACUCAUUAUCUAUAUGACUAUGUUAGUUAACGUCUAUUCAUAAAUAUGGUCCUUCACCGUCACGUGUGUAUUGUAUUUUUGCCAAAUCCACCAAUAGAAUUUCCAAUUUAUCCUAUUGUUCGAGUCACGGAUAGGUGACUUUCCUAUAAAACAUUGCUAUUGGUUAGUUGGGCAAAAAUACAAUACACACGUGACGGUGAAGGACCAGAUUUAUGAAUAAAUUUUGACUAACAUAGAUAAUGAGUUAUAUUGUUAUUCUAAUGAAUUUCAUAUAGCCAUCUUCCCUUCAAUAAGCUAUAUGACUGCAUGUAGUAUGAAAAGGUACUAUGGGCUAGAUUCCUAAACUAUCUGAUUUACUUUUAAUAAUAUAACUUAAUAUUCCUGGUUAAUUUUCACCUUUUUCGUGGUUAUUUUAACCUAUGGCUAUUAUCUAUGUUAGGUGGAUAAAUAACCAGAUAGUAACAUGUUAAAUAAAGGGAUUUCGACUUUUCCGUGCGUGUGAAAAACGCCUAACUGGAAUACCGCACCCAAUCUAAAAUAAGUUUUUCUUUUCAAUAAAGAAAGAGCAAAUACUUACAAUCUCAUAAAUAAAGAAACUGAUUUAGCUCUUCCUAUUCCGAAGAAAUAAUUCGGCAAGAGGUGCUUUAAUUAUAAAGGAUUAGCCUCACAUUGGAAUAAUCUUCCCCACGAGGCCAAAAUUGCUGAUUCCUUAAGUUCUUUCAAAACGAUUUUGAAACAAAAUUGAGUUGAAACUGACUUUUUAGCCAUGCAAUUUAGCAAUGUAACAGUGUCUUUUCGGGGUUUUUUUGUCAAAAUUCACAGACACAGGAAUCACGCCACAAAUGAAGACAUUUAAACUCUUACAGAGACAAAUUAAAAUUUUAUGUCCAUGUUUGUGGGUAAUUUUAAUACGUUCUAACUUUUUAUGCUUCCAUAUUUUCAACAUACACUAUAUAUCAUUCGGCACUGAUGCAGUUAGGAUUUGUAUGAAGAAAUUUGAAUGGCCUUCUUCACUUUGGAGCGCCACUUUUGAGAUGGGGCCCGGGGGAAAAUGUCUCCCCUCUCGGCGGCCCUGUGCAUAAUAUACUGUACUGAACAGUUUCAAGAUUCUGUGGACUAUUUAAACUGGCUUCAUUAAGUUAUUUAUAUAUUUUGAAAUUCCAAUUGUUUUGUCUUCCAGGUUGUAUUAUGUGAGAACGUUAUCUAUUCUCAAUCCUGUAUGAACGACGUGUUGACACACGAGUUGAUACAUGCCUAUGACUUUGCACGAAUCAAGUAUGAUGUUAAUAAUCUUAGGCAUUUGGCUUGCACUGAGGUGAGCAACCAUAUUUUUAAUACAUAUAUUUUCAUUUUUAGUGAAAAUUUUUUAUUCAUUGUGGAACUGUAUUUUUACUCUUUUUUUGUGUUUCAUGCAACAUUUCAAUUUGUAAAUUAGGAUUGGGACGGAUUUCGUGUCCUUUAGCAACGAUUUGUCUCAGACUAAACCAAAAACUGGAACUCCGACCAUCUGAGACCCAUCGCAACCUUAUUAAUUAAUCAAACAUCAUCCAGUCCCAGUGCUGGAUAACCUCACCAUCGACCAUUCGAAAAAUCAGUAUAUAUGGCCAAAUAGAGCAACAUGAUUGGCUAUGUCGUGUUUAAAUUAGAUUAGUCUUUUAGAUUAGUAUUAGCUAAUACUAAUAGGUCCUAAUUUGAGACGUUUCUGUAUUACUUAUUAUAAAUUACAGAAACUUCUGUAAUUUCUCUUGUCCGAGUAACUUUGUUUACAGUAACCUGCAAUAUAAUCUGCAUCACUAAUGUGAUGACACGACUCUUCGUCGUUUUGUCUUAAUGUUUAUAUAAUUAACUUCAACAGCAUCAUGAUCAGGUACUAUUGAUUUCAAGCGCACGAUCCUGCGGGUGAAUGUUCUGGGCGAGGGAACUACCGUCAUACCUGUAUAAGUAUAAGGAAAAUUCUCAAAACUCAUGAGGUGUGCCUAUGAAUGAGAUGUUGGUGGUCACCAUGCACUAAUUUCAAAAAUAUGGCGCUGUUUUCUUUUUUCCUCCUUUAUUCUAAAUUAAUGGAUUUUCAAAGAUGUGGAAAUUAAGGUAAACCACGUGGGUAAACAUGCAGAUGAGAUUUGCAUUACAAUUUUAAAAGAAGAUAAAUAUAUGGCCCCGUAUAUGGGGAAAUCGUAACUCGACAAGUCUAUGUCAAGGGCAAAGGAGGAGUUUGAUAGUUAGUAAGGAGCGUGUGUUUCGAGAAUUCUGAUUAAGAUUUAGAAAGUUAAAUCUGCAACUUUUAGUUUUAUACUUACUGUAUUUACUUAUACUUACUGCAUGUCAUGCAAGUCGCUGUUAUUAACAUCAUGCUGACAAGUAAUUUUAUCGAAACAGCAGCUAAAUUCUAACAAUACAUACUAAAAAUGUAAAUCAUACGACAUCCGGGUUUUUUAGACGAACACUUAAAGAUUCCACUAACAUGUAGCUAGUCAAAGGAGUAUUUAAUAAAGGUGCACCUUUAUUAAAGAGCGUGAAUAAUUACUGUUUUUGCACAUGCUAAUUACUCAUGAGUAAUUAGCGUGUGCAGAAACAGUAAUUAUUCACGCUCUUUAUAUAGCAUGAAUGUAUUUUAUUUGUGUUGCUUUUGGUAUAAUUUGCACAUUUUUCCAGACAAAAGUGUAAAAUGCAAAGGCAUGCAAACUAAGAAAUAUGUCGCGCGAGGUAGGAAACUAUUUAUAAGUAUGAUUACUAUUUUGAAUUACUGACAUUGAUACGAAGCUAUAGAAAUGAGAUGCUCAAUUAAAGAAUAUUUAAAUUGAUUUACAUAAUGAGGUUGUGUAUAUGACAAUGACUUUCUUAACGAACAUCAAAUUGACUUUAUAAACGAUUAGUUCAACAUCUGUUAUAUCUCAGUUAAAAGAUUAUCAAUCGUGCUUGACUUUAUACUCAUCUUUGGCAGAAGUUGUUGCUCUUCUCUGAGUCUCAAAAUCUGCUGAAGGUUAAUUAUUAUUAUUUAUAUAAUAACGUUAAGAAUUCAAGCGCUUUCAUUGGUCGAGAGCCAUGAUCUAUUAGAGGAAAGGCGCACGAAUUACGUCACACAAAACGUUGUUCUUUGCAGCCAGUCACAACACAGCAUAAACCAUCCUUUGAGAAUCUUUGCUUUCUUGCAAUCUUAUUGGAAAUGUACCAAACAACCUAAUAAAUGUCGUUAAAUCAAUGAAAUACACGGGAAAAGGUUAAAUAACAUUAUUAUGAUCUUAAAUGGGUAGACAAAAGUUAACAUUUAAAUUUUGUCGAGAAACCUAUUUUACUAUUUAGUCUACCUAAUGAUUGUCAAUAUGCUUAAUAAAUGUGCUAUAUACUUUCAGAUACGAGCCGCGAAUCUUAGUGGUGACUGUUUCUUUUGGAAGGAAUUUUUCUCAAGAUUUAAUUUUGGUUGGAAAGGUCACCAAAAGGUAAAAAGUCAUAAACGGUUAUUGUAGCAAUCAGACUGGAUUUUCAUAUUUACUACGGGGGAACGGGGGGAGAGAGCAUCCUCGUUCCCAGGGCUUCUUCAACGCAGACGGCCGAGAAGCCCUGGGGACGAGGGAGAGAGGGGCAGAAAAUUUUAAGGGGGAUUGCAAUCCUAGUUAAGUUUGAAAGGUGGGAUGAGAUGUGAUUGGGAUGAGAUGUGAUUGGAUUUUUAAUAAACUAAACAAUGUGUUUUACGUGCCAUAGGACACAUUCUAAUAAUAAUAUUUAAUAUUUAUAUUGCGCAAAUUAACAUGUUAUAGUAUAUGAUCAAAUGCGCAUUCUGUAGCCCUAAAGGGUUUUAAAUAGACUGUUUCUGCAUGCCGUGCGAUAUUGCUAUUGCUGUAUUGUUGCAUCGGUGUGUUGACCAAAGCAUAAUUUACUAGCGGGAGAGAAGCGUGGAAAGUAUGCAUUAUAACAACUUACAAGAUACAGCUGCUGAAGAUGAAUCAAAAUGGAUUCGAAAUAUACAGUUUUUAAAACAGAUGUGUUGUUAGAGAAGCGUGGGUACUACUUAGAACGACAUCAAAAGUUUUCAACGACAGUUCAUGAACAGACCUCGAGACUUUUCAGACGGAGCUUUUCAUCACAUUCUAGAAUUCACCAAUCAGACUAUAAAAUGUCGUCUGAUUGAUCUAUUACUAGUCCUUGUUAGCUAGCUAAGAAUCUUUGAUGUACCUCUGACGUCUACAAUAUACAGUUCACAUACAUUUAUUCCAAGCCGGUAUUCCUAUAGUAUAUUAACCCGCGGUUUUGAAUUCGCUGAAUUGUUCUUUUUUCUUUUACCAGAAAUGUGCAAGAAACAGAGCUGUUAAAUCAAUCCUAUGUGUGAGUGAUAUUAACAAAGAUGAAGCAGAAAAUAUUGUUUCAAGUGUCUUUGAGGAAUGCUAUAAAGAUACAGAACCAUUUGAACGAAUACCACCAUAAUAUCGCACCAUGUGAUGAUAGUAUGUAUAGCGUCAUCUACCAACAUUUAGACAAUUCACCGGCCCUAGAUAUUGUUAGUCACGCAAUUUUCAAUGCAUCUAAACAUUAGGUACUCAGGGCCGUAGCAACCGGGGGGGGGGGCUGGGGGGCUGCAGCCCCCCCCCCCAAUAAUUUGCUAAUAAUCAUUCUUUUUUCAAAAUCAUGCAAACUUUAUCAUUUAAUCUGUGACAAACUGCAAAGAAUGAAGAUAUUACUCAUACUCCAGAUUGUUCCUCGCGUAGAAAUUUUAGCUGAAUUUCUGUCGCGCAUGCAUUUUCAAGAAAAUCCCACAAAAUCUGCACGUUUUUGAUGAACUAAUGAUUUAUUUUGUCUUUUGCGUGUUGGGUCUUGCGAAAGAAAACUCUGAAAAUGCCAUUUCAGACCAUCUAGAGACUCCAGAUUUUCGAAAUUUUCUCAAAUGUUCUGCCUUCAUUUCCGCGCAACUGCCAUUUACGACGAAAAUUCCCGCCGUGCAUUUAUAAUACUACAGUCUGGCCCAUACUUUCCUGUAAAUUUCGACAUACUAAAACGCUGUUUUCUGACUAUCAGAAUUCUGUUAAAUCUUCCCCCAAAGUCCAGGAAAUGGCAUUUUAGAGACUCUAAAUUUAAAAUUUCCUCGGGUCUUUGGCCCUCGCUUUCAGCCCCCCCCCCAAUCGAAAAGAGCUUCCUACGGCCCUGGCCGUAUACGCAAUGCAAUGUGGCAUACCUGUGGGUCAAAUAUUCAAUAGCGAGCUUAAGCAAGUGAUGUUUUUGUCAACACGGACGUCAGAUUGCCAGGGGGGGGGGACUGGAUUAAAAACUGUGUUUGUAUCAGUGUGUGGUAAUCUUCAACACAUAUGACAAAAUGCAAGUUUUUUAAGGUUUUUCGCUUCCUUACACGGCGAGCAUCGUGAUGCAAAAUUCCGCCCAAAUUAGUUAUACCAAUUUUCAGAUGACGUCCGUGUUGACAAAAAAGUCGCUUGCUUAAGCUCGCUAUUGUUUGACAAUAACGUGACGUAAUGACUUCUGAGGUCAAUUGAACGCCUUAAAUACUUUCACUUAAUAUGUGCUCAAAAUGCAAAGAUUUGUCAAAUAUCAGAAUAACGCACCAAACGUUUAUUUGGCUAUACAUGGUGUAUAAAAAAGUCGUCGAUUCAUCAAAGUUUAAUAUGAAGUAAUAUAGUAAAAUUGCAUAAUUACAUGUAACUGAAAAUGAUGUGUUCCACUGAAUUCCUCUUGUGCCGAUAUUAUUUGCACUUUAAACACAAAUUAUCCCGUAUUUGAAGGAGAACAAGCUUUAAAAUAAGAUCACAGUGAAAAAAAUUGUAAUCACUAAUGAAAUUGGAGCUAAGAUCUGGGCAGUCGCUUAAAAACAAAACGACAUGGUAAACUGAAAUGCAGUAGGAAUGGCAUUAUUUUUACUGAUCGGUAUCCCGUGAUUUUAAAAAGGGGGGAGGGGGAUUGGCAUGAUAUAAUGUAAG